CAAAAUAAAAAUACAUGCGAUCUCUGGCAACAAUAGAGGACCUUUUCUUGAAAGAAGUGGCCGCGUCAGUCAUGAUUUGGCCUCCAGAGCGGCAACAGAGCAACCUGACGCUGAGGACUGUACCGGAGGCGGCGGGAAGGAAAAUGAGAUUGGCCUCACCUCCGCGCUGCAUCCUGUGCGUGUGUGUGUUGCUGACGUCCUUCGGUUGGCAGCUGGUCCCUGCAGCAGGCGCCGAAGCAAGCAGCGACCAGCGUAGGGCGACCGUUGGACUGAGGACUUCAAUGGAUAACGAGACCCUGGGAGCGCAGGUUGGCGCGAUAGCGAACCAGCUGAUUGAGGACUACCUCUCGGAGUGCCAGCUGGUGAUGAUCUCCACGUCGCAGCGAUCAUCCCUCUUCGAGCAGAUCGCAAGGACCACAGCAAAGAGACAGAACGGAGUGGGUGUUGUGGCGUUAGAGAUCGGACGCCGCGAGGGCCACCAACCCGAGCUGCUGCCGAUGGUGUGGAGGGACGCUGGGGCCAACUGUCGUGUCCUGUUUCUCGAUGAUGGUGGCGAUACCAGUUCGAUCUUGGAAUUUCUCGAGGCGUCGGAACUGAGUCGCCACCCUGAUGUGAGGGUGAUUUUCGUGGGAACUUCGACGGGGAGGGUCCUUUACCACCGCGUUUUUCGCAACACGAUCCACGCGCUGUACCUCUCCUUCGACAACAACUUCAGUGGUCAGGAGGCGCACCGUUUGCCGAGGGACGAUGUCCGUGGAGGUGAUUGUGGUUUAGCAGGCUUCAGAGCGAACGGCCGCCUGUACCAGCGGUGCCUCUACUGCCUCGAGGGUGAAGAGUCCGUCAGGCCCCUGCUGGAGUGGGAGGCCCUGGCCCAACGUCGGCCGCCAGUCACCCCCUUCCCAGACCAGUUCAGGGACUUCUUCGGCCACCGGUUCCGAGUGGUGGCCAUGAGGACUCUACCCUGGAUGGACUACGAGGGGGGAGGCGGGGGAUGGGCAGGGGGGCCGCUCACCCCCAGGGACUCUCUCAACGCGAGGAUGCUGCGAACCAUGGCGGAACACUCUAACUUCACGUACGAAGUGAGAGAACCCCCUGUGGGCAGAUUCGGCCUCUAUCUGGGCAACGGGUCGUGGACGGGCAUUGUAGGGGCCCUCCAGCAGGACGUCGCCGACUUCUCCACUGAGAUAGGACUCCUCCCGCCCCGCCUGCAGGCAAUGGAGCCGUCCUUUAUCUACGCCCGAGACAGGAUCGUCAUCGCGUCCCCGAAGCCUGGCCCGCUGCCACAACACCUCGCCAUUUCGCGCCCCUUCGCCGGGACUGUCUGGCUCCUCGUCCUCGCCGGCGUCCUGGUCUCCGACGUCGUAGUGUGGGUGUUGCUGCGGGUCGUCGCGUGGGUGACGGGGGCGGGCGACGCAGAGGUGGGCGGAAGUGUGCUGUACUCGUGGGCGGUGCUCAUGGAAAAUCCCCCGCCCCCGCCUUCAUCGUCUUCAACGAUUAGGGUGACCGUGGGCUUCCUGCUCCUGUACACGCUGGUCAUCAACAGCGCUUACCGCUCGUCCCUGAUCGCACACCUGACCGUGCAAGGAUUUCCGCCGCCCAUCAACUCCUUCGAGGACCUUCUGGAGCAAGGCGGCUGGACGUGGGGCAGCCAGCCGCUCUUCGGCACCUUCUUCGUGUUCUUCAAUCAGAGUUCCGACCCAGUUGUCCAGCAAAUCUACGCCGGCAUGGAGGUCGCUUCCAUGGACGAGCAUCUUGCGGAGAUCCUCAAGAAGCGCCACGCCUUCGUCGACUUCAAGUACAACCUCCGGACCCAAGUGGCAGCGCGACUCACGGACGCCCUUGGGUACACGCCCGUCCACUUGAGCAGGAGUGAAUAUCCUUCGUAUGUCGGGGAUAUUUGGGGAUUUCGGAAAGGUGCCCCCUUUCGUCACCACAUAUGCAUGCUACAGCAGCGGCUCAUAGAGGCAGGGUUGAUUGACUUCUGGCUGCGUGACGUCAUUAGAGCAUAUGCUGAUAGACAUAGGGCGCAGAAAAAAGACGAUUCUGUUGAGGCGACCGAGCGCCUGUCUCAGGACAGAGACGGCACCGUGGUUCUGAAUCUGAGUCAUCUCCAAGGCGCCUUCUACCUGCUGCUCCUUGGACACGGAGCUGCUCUCCUCCUCCUGCUUUUGGAGGUGUUCGUCGUCCGCGUUCGGUGCGCAAGUCGUGAUAUAACAGGACCAGCGAUGAAGUAAAAAGGAAAUGAAGCAGAACAAGAUAAUGAAGGAUACUUCGAUGCUUUUUAAAAUUGAGCGAACCAUUUUUCGAUGCGGUAUCUAUGUUGUUUCCCGAGUAAACUAGCUCGAAGUUGUUUCUGACUAAAUGGAAAGAUAUUCAUUAAUUAACAAGGAAAAACGAAGAAACUUACCAAUUCUAGCCACAGAAUGUUUCAACAAUCAAAUUUCUUUAUAGAUACAAAACAGAAGUUCGUAAUGCGUAAGUAUUUAACUGUGUGAGGUACUUAUUUCGAGGACCUCCAGUGAUCAUAGAAUCCAAAAGAUAUAAGCAUGUUAAACGUCCCCUUUUUUUCGCACUACAAAAAACUUUGAGUUCCUUAAUGUGAAUAAUAACACUAGCAAAAAAUAUAUGAAUAUCCUUCACAUUCGAGAACAUAUACACUAAUAACAUUUACUGAAUAUGGGACUCGUUACAAACACCCAUUUUAUUUGAAAUGGUUAUAAUCAUCAUUAUCUUUAAUAUCGCACUUCAUGAUUAUAGACUGAUAACUUCAAUUUUUAGUUCCUCUAUAUCAUUAAAAUAAUUCAAGAACAACUUACACUUUGCACUUAGGAUAAUAAUUAAUGAUUACAAAGGAAAAUAACUGUGCUAGACUUCAAAGGUCUGGGAUAGUGGUGGAGAUUGCGGUAUUUGGAUUUAGAAUGGCAAAAGAACUUGGUUAGGAGAGGGAGGGGAUAGAAGCGAGAUGAAGAGAUACUGCGGGAGAUAUAAACAUCUUGGGAGGGAGGGGGAGGGGCAGAGCGAAGGACAAUAUUGGAGUAGGGAGUAAGAGAAAAACCUUGUCUGCGUGCUUCCUGUCUAGCUUCACGUAAAGCGAGGCCAAGUUUGAGUAAGAGAUUUACCACUUCAGACUCAAACUUGAAGGUGGGGCUGCCCCUAAUACAUUACGGAAGCCACCACAAUUGGCACAUGUGGAUGUUUGUGCAGAUCGUUCUGAUCGAUCGUGGCCAGCCAGUCAGUCAGGGAUGAUAAUGCUUUAGCUUGGGAUACAGAUGUAACUAUAACAAGCCGGAACGGUCGGGGCGGCUGCGGAAGGUAACUUUGCCUACUUGUUUUGGGGCAUUGCUGGAAGAGGAGCGUUUUCAGAGUAAGGGGCUGUAGAGGGGAUCACGAAAUUCGAUCCCAUUCGGCUGGGCUAAACAGAAUAUUCAGAUUUGUAGAGGACGGGGACGUGUGAAGGAGGGUGUUGAGAAGGGCAGUAUGGCUGUAGAGUAGCAACAAGGGGGGAGGGAAUACCAGAUGAAGAAAGCUUUAGAGGUGGAGAUGAAGAAGAUUUUAAAUAUUUAUAGAAACUUUUCUGCCGCAUCAGCAUUUAAGGUCCUUAGCGACGCAUUCAAAAUAUUGUGAUAGGGUGGGGCUUGGGGGGUAAGAAGUUUAUUCGUAUACAAGACGAUGUUUGUGGAUUUACAGAAUGGUCAAAACAAACAAAUGUGCCAGAUAUCAAAGUUCACACAGCAUUAUGACAAAGAACUUUGGAGAAAAGGGUAAAAUUUAGGUAACGAUUAGGAUAAGUGGA